AUGAUUUGGGGAAACCAGAACAAGGUGCACACCGGUUCGAAGCAGCUGGACGCUCUCCUGGGCGGCGGCAUCGAGACCGGCUCUAUCACGGAGUUCUUCGGGGAGUUCAGAUCCGGCAAGACCCAGCUCUGCCACACCCUGUGUGUCACAUCGCAGCUCAGCAGGGAGUCGGGCGGAGCGGAGGGCAGGGUAAGGCCAAGGAAGGGCGUGCAACGUCUGCAUGCAAGAGUUUUAUUUCUGUUUUGUCGCCGGCGGUGGUGA